AUGUCACCGUCGCGCAGUUUUAUUAAACCAAGCAUUGCUGGCCUCACGACCGUAGCUCUCAUCGGUUCAUACUUUCAUGAACUCCCAAAGCGUGGAAGCAUGGAUUUUACCGUCGACCCGACCUUCGAUCUUCCUCGACCACCAACAGAUCUUCCAUAUAAGAAGACCAGCAAUAUCAUUUGCAUGGUAUCAAUGACGGCAAUCGGGCUUUCAGCAGUUCUUCUCGGCGCAAGAGAUGCUCUACGCUCCCGCACUCUUUUGCCUUUAGUUCUUCCACUUAGUGGCGCAAUGAUUGCGUUCCCCGAGACUUUCAUCGACGUCCUGGGAUGCAUUCACUACCCAUGGACCGACCAGAAUGCUUCCUUGCACAUUCUUGGUCGUGAGAUGCCGCCGUGGAUACCAAUCUGGUUCGGAUACGCCUCGUUGAUGCAGAUGAACCUCCAGCUUUUGACCAACAAGACGUCGACGAGGACUCUGUGGUAUUUCUUAGGCCUGAUGAUGGUCUCAGACCUCAUUGUGGAGGAGAUUCUCCUGCCAAUGGGAGUUUAUCACUACUACGGAAACCAGCCACUGGUUGUUAUCAACAGAUUCCCUUGGUGGUGGAUGGCUCCCAACUCCAUUGGCGUCUUUCUUGCUACGGCACUCGCCUACCGGUACCGAUUUUACCUCGUGGGCUGGAAGGUUCUCGCUGUUCUGUUUCUGACCCCGAUGUCGGUUGGUGGUAUCUACGGCUUCAUCUGCUUCCCGGCCUGGGUUGCUAUUAACGGGGACUACGGCUGGCUCGUGACUCAACUGCUUGGACUUUUGACAAUGGCCCUGGGUUUCGUAACAUUUGCUAUCAUUCUAGAGAUGGUACUUGGAAAGAGCCCAUUCAAUUUGGAUUCGAAAGAUGACUCAAGCCGUCUGCCUAGGACCUCCGACGAAUCCUCUGACGAUGCCUUCCAAGACGGCGAGUUCUGA